AUGAACGCGCCAAACGGGAUCAACGGCCAUGCAGCUGUUCCUGGUCUAUGGAGCGAAGCUCGAAAUGCCGAUGGGCGCAUUUACUACUACAAUACAGUUACCAAGGCGACGCAAUGGACCAAGCCAGAAGACCUAAUGACGGCGGCAGAGCGUGCUUUAUCAGCCCAGCCCUGGAAAGAGUACACUGCCGAGGGUGGAAGGAAGUAUUGGUACAAUACAGAGACGAAGCAGAGCUCAUGGGAGAUACCAGAUGUCUACAAACAGGCGCUCGCGAAGGAAACGGUUGCGCCAACACCUGCACCAGUUCCACAAGCACCUACAUUUGUCGCUGGCGGCGGCUUUACAUCUUCCCAGUUUGAUCAACCACGAGACAGGGAACCGCUUGGAGAAGCUCGACAAAUUGCGUAUGGUAAUGAUGCUAAUGGGAGCCGUGCACAAGUCUUUGUACCCGCAAAUACCGACCCUGAUUACUCAACCUUCGAAGAAGCAGAAGCGGCCUUCCUUAAGCUUCUCCGUCGCCAAAAUAUUGAUCCUAAUUGGACCUGGGAACAAACGAUGCGGUCAAUUAUCAAAGACCCACAGUACCGGGCACUGAAGGAUCCUAAGGAUCGUAAAGCGGCAUUUGAGAAAUAUGCAGUUGAGGUGCGGCUUCAGGAGAAAGACCGUGCAAAGGAAAGGCUCGAGAAGCUCCGUAAAGAUUUUGCCACGAUGCUGAGAAGUCACCCAGAGAUCAAGCAUUACACUCGUUGGAAAACUGCACGGCCCAUCAUUGAGGGAGAGACCAUAUUUCGAUCUACGAAUAACGACGAUGAACGGCGCCAACUCUUUGAGGACUAUAUUAUUGAACUUAAAAAAGCCAACAUUGAACGAGAAGCAACUACACGAAAAGCUGCUAUGGAUGAGCUGGUAGAUAUUUUAAAGGCUAUUGAUCUAGAGCCAUACACUAGGUGGUCAGAGGCACAAGGUAUCAUUCAAUCUAACCCGAGAAUCCAAGGCGACGAGAAAUUUAAGUCGCUCAGCAAGUCGGAUAUCCUGACUGCUUUCGAAAACCACAUCAAGAACUUGGAGAAAACCUUCAACGAUUCUCGUCAGCAGCAAAAGAAUCAGAAGGCUAGACGUGAACGGCAAAACCGAGAUCGAUUCUUGGCCUUGCUUCAGGAGUUAAAGGCUGCGAAUAAGAUUAAGGCAGGGUCAAAAUGGAGCCAGAUCUGUCCAUUAAUUGCAGAGGAUGACAGAUAUCAAGCAAUGCUUGGACAAUCCGGAUCUACCCCGCUCGACUUAUUUUGGGAUAUGGUUGAGGAAGAGGAGCGUGCGCUUCGCAAUACCCGAAAUGAUGUAUUGGAUGUUCUUGAUGACAAAGGGUUUGAAAUCCAGCAGAAGACUACUUUUGACGAGUUCCUUGCGGUUACGAAAAAUGAUCGACGAACUGCUAACAUUGAUCGAGACGCCGUGUCAUUAAUAUUCGAGCGGCUACAUGAAAAAGCUUCGCGACGCAGCGAGGAUAAUAAGCAUCAAGCUGAGCGCCAACAGCGGCGCGCUGUGGAUGCUCUCAGAUCUUUCAUUAAACAUCUUGAGCCUCCGGUUCGCCUCAAUCAUACUUAUGAAGAUAUUAAACCACGCAUAGAUAAGUCCGAGGAAUACCUCGCAGUAUCCUCCGACGAGCUUCGUCGAUCCGCCUUUGACAAGGUCAUCCGACGUCUCAAGGAGAAGGAGGAUGAGGAGAAGGAUCGUUUGAGACGCCGGGAGAGGUUCUCAGUAGACAGACCGACCCAUCGUGAGAGGGACAGAGGUGAGAGACCAUACCGUGCCAACGGACGUCAUGCUAGGACAAGUCGCAGUCCAGAACCAGAUGCGUACGAGGCAGAUAGAAGGAAAGCUAUUGCCGACCGGGAAAAGAACUAUCGGAAGUCUAGCGUCGCAGACACCCUUCUUUCCCCCGGGCGCAGAGGCGACCGAGACCGUGACCGGGAGAGGGAUAUCGAUCUGGAUAGGCCGCAUCGCAGCCGCCGGGACGAGUCUAUGAGCCACUAUGAGCGUGAGCGGCGAGACAGAGAUGAUGAGCGAGAGAAGCUCUACCGCAGAAGAGGCGACCCAAGGGGAAGUAUCGAUGAGUUACCUUAUGGGGAUGAAAGACCUACCAUGGGAGGUAGACGACGAAGAGCUGACAGUGAUGUGGAAAGCGUUGGUAGCGCCUCAAGAAAUGCAAAGAGACCGAGGAGAGAAUUAACACCACGUGAGCGCUCCCCGCCUCCUCGUGAAAGACGUCACAGGACUAGGACACCUCCUGCGGCUAUUCCAGCAAAAGAGGAACCGGCUGUCCACUCGGGCAGCGAGGAGGGUGAAAUCGAAGAAGAAUGA